GGCAUUCCCUCUGCUGCAACGGGAGGCUGCGAGGGGCCCUGUCCUGCCGCCUGUGCGUCCCCUCAGGGUGCGCCUGAGGGCCCAAGUCUCCUUUGCUGCUCUGAGCAGGAAAAGAUCUCACCAUGGCACCAUCAGGAAGAAAGCAUGGAGGAAAAGCUGGUAAACCAGCACAGGAAGAUCAGACCAUACCUAGUUAUGACUUUGAGGAGGAAAGAAAACUGAGUGGAUCAGAGGAAGAUAUUAGAGAAGGUGACACACCAGUAAUGGACAAGCAUGGAAAGAAAAGACCUCUGGUGACUACUCAUGUUCCAGAUGAUGUGGGGGGUGAAGUACAGAAUAUGUUGGAGAGAUUUGGAGCUGACAUUAACAAGGCUCUCCUAGCUAAGAGGAAACGAUUAGAGAUGUAUACAAAAGCCUCACUCAAAACCAGUAACCAGAAGAUUGAACAUGUUUGGAAAACACAGCAGGAGCAAAGGCAGAAGCUCAAUCAUGAGUUCUCCCAGCAGUUUAUGACCUUAUUUCAGCAAUGGGAUGUAGAUGUGCAAAAGGCAGAGGAGCAGGAAGAAAAACUAGCGAAUAUACUUCGUCAGCAACAAAAAGUUUUUCAACAGGCAAGAAUAGUUCAAAGUCAGAGACUAAAAACCAUUAAGCAACUCUACGAGCAAUUCUUAAAGAGCAUGGAGGAGCUGGAGAAGAGCAAUGAAAAUCUUCUGGCUGGUGCCCAAAAUGAACUUCGCAAGGAAAUGGCAAUGUUGCAGAAGAAAAUUAUGAUGGACACUGUAAGUAUCAGAUCUAUGAAGUCAGUUAAAUGCAAAAACAGAACAUUCAAUUUAACAUGAAAUAUUUGACAUUAAUUUAAUUCAAAGGAGUCAUAUUGAUACAGCAUUUGUUCAGCAUUAUCUCCUUUUCUUGUGACAGCAACAGCAGGAGAUGGCAACUGUUCGCAAGUCUCUUCAGUCCAUGUUAUUCUGAUGGCUCAGUGGAGAAGCAACAUGUACCUAAGUAACAUGAUACAAGUACAGGCAUUAGAAGGAUGUUGAGAUUUAAAUGUUUCAAGGUUCCUAUUAAGCUCUUUCCUGGAUUGUUCUAAUCUUGUCUGUUACUGUUGUAAGAACAUAGCUUAGUAAACUUUUAUUACUGGGGAGCAGUAUGGACCCCAAACCAUUCACUGUCUGUUCAGCUGAUUUUUAAAAAUUUCAUAUCCACUUGCAAGAGCAUUGGACUCUUUAAAAUUGUUUCACUUUUUGUAAUACCAAGUUGUAACAAGGGGAAGAAUUAAUGAAACAUGCAUUAUCCAGGUUUUACAUAAUAUCUUGAGGCCUUUAGAUACAUUGUAUAAAUAGAAGCAUUUCUAACAAGCUGCAAAUCUUCACAGUUUCAACAUUUAGUCUGCUGAUAUAUUAGCUGUUGUAAAAAUUCACAGGGUAUGACAUAGCUCAGAAUUGUUUAAUGAUGUGUAUUCUGGUAAAUUAAAGUAAAUUUUGUUAAGUUUUUUUUGUUAGUCUAGACAUUGAACUAUCUUUGUAUUAGUAAGAGAUUUAUGAACUGCUGUAAUUCAUCCAGAUUUUUUUUUUUUUCUAAAAAGUUAAAUGAUGAGUUUAAUGUAUCUGCUCAAGUAACAAUAAUUAAACAUUAUUCAUUUUGGGGUCUACAUUUUGUAGAACUACUGCUAGAAGAAAUCUACCUCAUUUAUUUAGUACAGGCUAUUACAAGCCUUUGAGAUGGAAUAUUAUUUUCUGCCAUUCCAAAUGACUAAAAAUUUAGAGAGGCCUGAGUUUUAAGGGUAAAGCAUUUAUCUUUCAUGUCUCUCAUUACAGUAAAUAAGUACAAACUAAACCA